AGCGGAUCCCCUCGCUUAUAAGCUCGACUGACCUGACAACAAUGACAACCAUCGACGAGGUGACGGCGCGUCUGGCGGCCGCGCAGAAGCGACUGGAGGCGCUGGAGCGCUCGCUCGACGACCUCGAAGGCGUGAGGCGCGUGAAGCAGCACCUGCAGCGCGAGAAGCUGGCGAGCGCCGCCCUCAAGACGGCGCCGGGCGACUACUACCAGUGGACUCUGGCCCAGAGGGGAGAGCUGCUGGGCUGUGCGACCCCGCACUUGUGCAAGAGCAUCAUCGUGGAGAACGUGGCGUGCACCAACAGCGGCGUGGAGGACCCGCUCAACAGCCGCUACUACUGCGUGGUGCUGCAGUACAACUCGAAGCUCGAUGCGGAGCAGCUCCGCCGUUUUGUGCGUGACAGCAUCCCCGAGUCGGACCGUCCGUCGCGCAAGAAAUUCAACUUCCAGCACGCCCCCGGAGAGGUGUCGGAGCAGCUGACGGGCUUUGGCCACAAUGGAGUGUCCACGUUCGGCAUGAAGACCCCCAUUCCGGUGAUUGUGGCGGGAGAUGUCGCGGCGCUCAAGCCGGCUUUCCUGUGGCUCGGCGGCGGUGCCGAGACCGUGAAGCUGCGCAUCAGCGUGCAGGACCUGGUGAAGGCGUUGGGUGCCCGCGUGGCUGAAGGGAUCACUACUCUUCGUACCGACCUCAACGAAGAGUGA